AUGCCUUCUAUAUCAGCCUCCGUAGUCGCUCUUCUCAUAAAAUGGUUCCGCGCAAACAAGGCCGCUCAAGAAGAUGAAGAGGCGACGCGUCAGGACAUUCAAAACACCUACACCCGACCGCAAGACCAUCGCCCUCCCAGCAGUCUCGGCUCAAACAUCACCAUUGAUCGCGUCGAUGUACAGGAAUGGCCUUUAUACAAGAUAUCCACAACAAACUCUCAGAGUAAGAGUCAGCACCGCAAGGCCCUUCUUUACAUUCAUGGCGGAUCGUUCUAUAAGGAGAUAUAUCCCCAGCAUUGGAAACUAGCCGCGCAGAUUGUUAGUGAGACGGAUCUGGACGUCUUGAUACCGAUUUAUCCGCUGGUCCCGAGACCAGUGGCCACAGCGCAGAAGCUUGCCGAUGGGUUUGUCGAUAUCUGUCGUUUAUCGAAGCAGCCUAUCGUGAGCAUCGCGGGUGAUUCAGCAGGCGGUACACUCGCUCUAUCAACGACUCUCCAUCUUCGAGACACAGCGCCAGACCUAUUCGAAAAACUACGCUCUUUGAUUCUGAUAGCGCCUCUUCUCGACUGUGCAGUCGACCAUCCCGAAGCCCUCCGUCUCGCCAAGAUAGAUUUCUGGCUUGGUGUAACGGGUCUCCGCAUCUCAGGCAAGAUGUUUGCAGGAGACUUACCAAUAAAGCAUCCCCUCGUCAGCCCGCUAUACGGCGACAUGGAUAAACUUCCACCGUUACUGAUGUUUGGUGGCCCAAUGGAUCUGCUCUGUGCUGAUGCUAGACGUUUAAAGUCCAAGUUGCUGGGCGAAGACGUGGAUGAGGCUCCGGAGGGGAGUGUCGAGACGGAUCGGCUUGUGUAUGUUGAGAAGGAGGGGAUGCUUCAUGUCUGGCCUCUACUCCCGCAUAGUGAGGGUGCAGAGGGACGAAAGAUGAUUAGUUCUUUUGUGAAUAAGCAUUUAGAGCGAUAG